AUGGCGGUUGACACUGUUCCCAUACCCGGGCCAUCGGGAUUGCCUAUAUUAGGAAAUGUCACGGACGUGGACAUUGACCAUCCGCUCCAAUCCUUCAUCAGACUCUCCGACAGAUACGGCCAGAUUUACAAAUUAAAAUUCGGAAAACACACACUCGUAGUAGUCUCGUCUUACGAGUUGGUACACGAAGUCUGCGACGACAAGAGAUUCAAGAAGUCUAUCGAGGGAGACCUUGAGCAACUGAGAAAGGUGGUCCACGACGGGCUCUUUACCUCGCGGGGGGUAGAAGAGGAGAACUGGGGGAUCGCUCACCGAGUUCUCAUGUCCGCCUUCGGCCCCAUGUCCAUCAGAGGCAUGUUUGACGAGAUGCACGAGAUUGCCACCCAGCUCGCCCUCAAAUGGGCUCGCCAGGGCCCGUCGCAGCCCAUCGACGUCGGCGAGGACUUUACCCGGCUGACUCUCGACACGGUGGCCCUCUGCUCCAUGGGGUUCCGGUUCAACUCGUAUUACCGGGACGGCCUGCACCCAUUCAUCGCCGCCAUGUAUGCCGUUCUCAAGGAGGCCGGCGCGAAAUCCCUCCGCAUCCUGCCGCCCAUGUUUUACCCGCGCAAGGAGGAAAAGUACCGGGAAAACAUUGCGCUCCUGCGCUCGACCGCGCUCGAGGUGCUGGAAUCCAGGAGGGAGGACGGCGCGGAUGCUGCAUCCACGGACAGAAGUGACCUCUUGAGCAAGAUGCUCAACGGGGUGGAUCUGAAGACGGGCCGCAAAAUGACGGACGAGAGUAUCAUCGACAAUCUCAUCACUUUUCUCAUUGCGGGCCAUGAGACGACCGCCGCCACCUUGUCGUUUGCCAUGUACCAGAUCCUCUCGCGGCCGGACGUAUACCACAAGCUUCAGCAAGAAGUCGACGCCGUGGUUGGCACGGGACCCGUCUUGAUCGAUCACGUCGCCAAGCUCAGGUACCUCUCUGCAGUUCUCCGAGAGACGCUCCGCCACAGUUCGCCCAUUCCAGCCUUUGCCCGCGAGGCCAUCAAGGACGAGGUGAUUGGCGGCAAGUACGCCGUCAAGGCAGGCGAGCAGAUCAUAUGCCUGCUGUCCAAAUCCCACUUCGACCGCGCCGCCUACGGCUCCGACGUCAGGGAAUUCAACCCCGAGAGAAUGGCAGACGACAAGUUCGACCGCCUCAUGAAGGACUAUCCGCAUGCGUGGAGCCCCUUUGGCACAGGCAUGCGCAGCUGCAUCGGCCGGCCGUUCGCGUGGCAGGAGACGACGCUGGCGCUGGCUGUGCUCAUCCAGAACUUCAACUUUGUCAUGGACGAUCCUUCGUACCGGCUGCAGAUACAGGAGACAUUGACCAUCAAGCCCAAGAAGUUCAUGGUUCGGGCUAUCCUUCGGGACAGACUGACGCCCUCGCGGCUCGAGACACGGCUGGCCAGCGCCUUUGCCGGCGAAGCUCCAACGCCAUCGCCGGGCGUUCCUGCUGGGCACAAAUCAAGACACUCUGUAGCGUCGACUUCGACAGGCCACGUCGACGGGGAGUCCGCCCCGAAGCUGGUCAUAUUGUAUGGGUCGAAUGCCGGGACGUGCCAGUUCAUGGCGCAGCGGCUGGCGAGUUCGGCCGCCGCCAAGGGCUACAAGUCAUCCGUCGAUGCCCUGGAUACCAUUCGAGGGUCCAUGCCCAAGAACACUCCCGUAAUCAUCAUAACAUCGUCGUACGAAGGCGAACCUCCGCACAACGCGGCCCAUUUCACCCACUGGAUCCAGACUCUGGAACCCGGUGCGAUGAAACAUGUCUCGUACGCAGUGUACGGAUGUGGUCACUCGGACUGGGUUCAUACGUUCCAGAAAGUCCCAAAGCUCAUCGACUCGACUCUAGAAACGCUCGGCGCUUCGAGACUUGGUCCGUUGCACUCCACCGACGCCAAAGACAGGGACAUGUUUUCCGACUUUGAAGCUUGGGAGGAUGACGUUCUCUGGCCCUCUAUCCUGGAACGCUUCGCUCGUCCGAGCGAUGCCGCCACCAGCUCCGCCCCCGGGCUGGCGCUCAGUUUCUCGACGCCAAGAGCAUCCGUCUUGCAUCAGAGCGUCGAAGAGGCUACUGUUGUCGCGGCACGUCGGCUCGUCGACCAAAGCGGCGGCAGCCAGGAGAAGCGACACAUUGAAUUGCGACUGCCGGCCAAUAUGCCGUAUUCAGCGGGUGAUUACUUGGCGGUCCUGCCGCACAACCCCAAGGAGAGCGUGUCGCGAGCCCUGCGGCGCUUUCAUUUUCCACGAGAUGCCUACGUUACCAUCUCGUCCUCUUCGCCAACGACGCUUCCUACCGGUAUGAGUCUUCCGGUGGCGGAAAUUCUGAGUUCGUACGUUGAACUUGGCCAGAUUGCUACGAAACGAGACCUCGCCCACCUGUGCGAGAUGAACAAAGAAAGCGAUGAGAUUCCGCAAUUGAAAAGGCUGGUCGGUGAGGAAUUCGACACGGUAGUCAAAGCAGGGCAGCUUUCCGUGCUGGACGUGCUGGAAAAGUUUCCUGCCUUGUGUGUGCCGUUCCAUGAGUUCCUUCAAAUGUUGCCCCCCAUGCGACUACGACAGUAUUCGGUUUCGUCUUCGUCGCUCUUCGACCCCACAAAGGUCAGUCUGACGUACGGCGUUGUCAAUGAGUCGGCCGUGUCCGGCACGGGACGCUUCAUCGGCGUGGCGUCUUCAUACCUCUCCUCCCUGGAACCGGGUGAGAAGAUACAGAUAUCAGUGCGGCCAGCCCAGUCAGGCUUCCAUCUACCGGAGAACCAGGAAGAAACGCCGAUAGUGUGCAUCGGCGCAGGCACGGGACUUGCACCGUUCCGAGCGUUUAUCCAAGAACGUGCUACUCUUCAGGGAAGCGGCAGAAAUCUCGCCCCGGCUAUCCUAUUCUACGGAUGUCGCAACCCUUUGUCAGACGAUUUGUACCGAGACGAAUUUGAUGCUUGGGAGAAAUCCGGGGUUGUGAAGAUCUUCCGAGCAUACAGCGGAGACAAGGAAGCGUCGUGCGGGUGCCCAUAUGUUCAAGACCGCAUCUGGCAUGAACGGGGGUCAAUCACGAAUAUGUGGGAGAAGGGAGCCAGGUUCUACGUCUGUGGCUCUGGGAAGAUGGCGGAGGGGGUCAAGGGCGUGCUGGUCAAGAUUGUCACGGAGGAGUACGAGAAGGCCGGGGAGCCGGUGACUGAAGAAGAGGCGGUUGGGCAUUUCGAGAGAAUCCGGAAGGAACGUUAUUGCAUGGAUGUAUUUGAUUGA